UUUAACUCCUAGAAGUGCGACAUGCUGCCGAAGUGGAUCAUGCUAACUACAGUAAACUAAAACUACAACUACCAACUGGAUCCCGAGUUGUUACAACAUGGGACGAAAGAAACAAGGAAAGUUUGUGCGCCCCGAAAAUAAGGGCAAAGACAAACGUCAUGCCAUGAAGGGGAAAACAUUAGAGGCUUUUACUGAAGAAAUGCAUUCUGCUUUGGAAGCGACUCUUCACCCAGAGGAGGGAGCAGAGGCCCCACAGGUGAAACUGCCUUGCCCCCUUGCCAUGUGGGAGUUGGGCCACUGUGACCCUAAACGUUGCACGGGCAGAAAGUUGGUGAGGAAGGGUUUUGUACGCAACCUACGCCUCAAUCAAAGAUUCAACGGACUCAUCCUGAGUCCAAUGGGCACCAAGUAUGUGACGCCAGCAGACAGAGAGAUUGUGGCUCAAAGUGGGCUAGCAGUAAUCGACUGUUCCUGGGCCAAACUGGAUGAGACGCCCUUUAAUAAAAUGAUAGGAAGUCAUCCCAGGUUACUGCCAUUCCUCGUAGCUGCAAACCCCGUCAACUAUGGCAAACCCUGCAAGUUAUCUUGUGUUGAAGCUUUUGCUGCCACUUUCUGCAUUGUUGGUUUCGAGGAAAUGGCACAGCUGCUGUUGAAGAAAUUUAAGUGGGGGACAGUAUUUUUGGAGCUCAAUAAAGUUCUCCUUGGCCGUUAUGCUGCAUGUCAAUCAGAGGAGGAGAUGCUUUCUGUAGAGAAGGAGUAUAUCACGUCGAAACCAGACGAGGAGGAGUUUGACCCAUUUGAUGUUGACUCUGGAGUGGAAGUUAGGAAUCUCAACAGACGUCAGUGUGUACCUGAAGAUGCUGAUUCAAGUGAGGACACAGAUGCAUCAGAAGAUAAUGAAGAUAAAGCACAAGAUGAAAACGCUGAUGAUGAUGACGAUGAAGAGGGAGACUGAUUCAGACAUGACAUGACAUGACAUGAAAAAUAUUUCUUUCUAUUUUUACUUUGUAAAAUGUACGUGGAAAAAAAAUGAAAUAAUUUGCAAACUGUUUAGACAUAAUUGUUUUAACGGUUUUAACCCCCCCCCCUCCACACACACACACACAAUACUUUUUUUUUUAUGAAAACAGUAAAUAAAUAAAAUUAUUCUGAGAAUUCAGAGAAGGAUGAGGCUUGAAACUGAUGAUAAAUACCAAUGAAUUACAGGCUGUCAGUCUGUUCUGCAUUCUGUUUUUUGGAAAUCACUGAAUGGAUACAUGAUUUAAAGAUGUCUGUGGUUAUGGUUUUUCUGUGCAUCCAAAAAUCCAUGUUAAAAUGAUCCAAAGCAGAAAAACAUGAACAGGAUCCAGCUGUUUCUCUGGGUCUGAGCUGAAAGGAUGUUGACGGAAAGCAGCUUUUCUUUGGUCUGAUGAAAAAUAAAUUGUAUUUAUUUUUUUCUUAAUCACAGAGACCUCUUUUGAUGAGAAGAGGGUCUGUUUGCCUGAUCCACAAUUCUAUAGGUACACAUUAGUAAAUAAAGUAAGGGUUGCUUAUGCACAUUAUGUAAGGUGAUAGAAAACGUAUUGGAGCAACAUAUACCUUCUGCGCAUAAUUUUUCUCGGAACAUCUGGCUUAUUGUAGCAAGACAGUGCUAAAUAGCCCCCAUGUGUAAUAACAGAACUACAUAAAAAAAGAUACUAAGUGCUGAACUGGCCUGCCUGCAGUGCAAAGCUAUAACACUUUGAAAUUGGAUUACAAAACAAAAAGUACAUUUUAGAAGACCACAUACUGUUAAAAUGCUGAAAGAUGAAUAUCAAAUGAAACAAGGGGGAAAAAAAAUUAAAUUCAUGCUACACCAAAAAGUUACCCCAAAUGAAGUGUUGUUAAAAAUAAACUCACAAUUUCA